UUUUGAAGGUGGAAUGGCUGGUUUUUGGGUCUUAUUUUGGGCCAUUGAUUUUAAUGGGAUAAAUUGGUCCCGCCCCUUCAGGGCACGAGCGUCACUAUGGCAACAGCAGUGUUUGAGAGUGGGGUCCUUUCCCUCAACAGCGACAGCUAAAUGCUCCUGGGAGGAAAAAUAAGCGGAAUAUGUAUGUUUUUAUCUCAACAACUAAUUGCAAGACAUUGUCUAAAACUUAACCUUCUGUCGUUUCUCUCAUGAUGAGCCAGAACUGACCUUUUGCCAGGAUGGAGGUGGCCCUCUCUGCCCCACAGAUACUGUCGGAGCCCCUCAGGAGCGGGACCCCUCGGCCUCUGAGCCAGCUGGUGGAGGAGAGCAGGAGCAGAGCCAACAUUCCCAAUCAUCUACUGGAAUCAAAAAUCUAUGCCAAACUGAAAAGCAACAGCCUGAUCCAAGCAGAUCCCCCGGAGUUGCACUUCAGUGGGUUUGAUCUGGGGAAGGAUUGCAUAAAGAUUCUGAAACUAAUCAACAUCUCAUCUGAAGUCGUGAUUAUUCAUAUCAUUCCCACUCAAACCAAACACUUCAAAACAACUUAUACCAAAAAGUAUCGACUCAUCCCGGGGCUCGCCUACACACUGAAGGUCAGGCUGUGUCCCGACGAGUGGCGUUACUUCUAUGACUCUAUUCGGGUUCACUGCAAGGGGGAGGAGAACCUGUUAAUUCCAGUUCAUGCUUACCCCGUCAUCGAUGACCUGCGCAUCCCUCCUCAUAUCGACCUGUCAGCCGUACCACUUGGACAUAGUGUUUGUCAUGCUAUUCCUCUGAGAUGCAGCUGCCCCAUUGACUUUGAGUUCCAGGUGCACGUUAUUCAGCCCCAUGAGGCCUUCGCCAUCCUUCCCCUUACAGGUGUGAUACCAGCCAAUGGUGAAGAGAAGAUCAUUGUGACCUUUAGGCCGUUCCAAUAUGAGACUUGUCAGGUCACCAUCCAGCUGAUCAUCUCGCAGUUCAACAGCAGACCCUUCCUCUGUACCAUCACCGGGAGCUCCGCCCCUCACUUAGCCUUCAGUGAGUUGGGGAGAAAGGCGGGUCAUGGGGAUGCAGAGCCUGCAGAACACGGAAGACCUUCACCUGCCACUGACGUGCCCCCUCGGAGUAAAACCAGAUACAGGUCAACUAAGGAGGCUGACAAAUCAAAGACAUUGAGAGAUCAGGCGAGUGUUCAGCCUGGACUGAAGCCUCCGAUAGAUGUCUGCACCCCUGCAGGGGUGGCAAAGAUGCUGAUCAGAGACUCUGAUAAACUCGGCUAUAAAGACCUGAAGGAAGCCAUAUCCUGUGGCAGCUUGGCUGGUCUGCAGAACAGGCAGAUGAAGGAAGCACUCUUCAUAAAUAAGGUUCAGCAGAACGUGAAGGAGGAGCAAGACAACCACCUCAGCUGGCAAGUUCUUCUUGGUAAGGAGCCCGUGUCCGAGCACAGCAGGAGGCAGAUCGCAGAGGAGAGAGAGAUUUCACGACAUGAAUACACUGAAUACAUGGUCAAAAGGAGAGACGAAAGACACGAGGAAGACUUUGCUGCUGGACGACUUAAACCUUCUUCCAGACGAGUAGUUUGUGAAGCAGGACAGACCUGCGAGGGGGGCCCAUCCUUCCAGCGUUACUCCAGUUUUCAGUGGGAACUGAAACGAAGAGCCCUCAAACUGUUCCAGCAGGCAGCCCGCAAGAUUGUGAUUCGAUGCCGCGUGAACCAGAGACUGAGCUGCUUGAAGAAACUCUCAGACAGUAUGAAGAAGUCGCCCAUGGCAAAGAAAGUUGAGGAGGACACGACUUGUGAUCUGAACAUCUCGCCUGACACAGUCUUUCCAUUUUCUUUCCCCGUUUUCUCCGAAGAAGAUGACCCACUGGCUCACAGCAUUUUGCCCGUGGAUCCCGUCGACGAGACUUUGACAACACAUAUUCCUUUCUUCAAGCUCCAGGUUCCCCAGCACUAUAAGCUUAUGGGCUACCAACCUGUGUCCGCCUGGGAGGCAUUUAACUCCUAUAUUCCCACUUCUCUGGCCAGACCACUUCGCUCUGGAGCCCCGGACGAGCUGGUGCCCAAUGAGGUCAGAGCCCAAUCUCCCACAACAGCGUUAGCAUGGGAGGAUCCGCAGCAUGUGGAGGCGGCCUGUCUCUCCUUCAGCGCCCCCGAAGCUCUGCUCAGACCUUUUCCAGCAAACCCACUCAGAAUCUUUAACCCAGCUCCAGGCCUGCAGACCUACAAACCCACCCCGAAAUACCUGGAGAGUGACCUGGAGUUCCACCUCUGCCCCCUGCCCAGGAAUACAAUGUGUGGCAGAGAGACACACACUCCACACACUCAGAAGAAGUCUCUGGACCGCAAGGAAGUGAUAACUGGGCUCAUGACAUGGAAGGAUUUUGAUUCGAUUACCGCGAAGUGUCUGUCCAACCAGCCUGCUCCCCCCGGUGACUGUGCCCUGCGCAGGUCUGUGGACUACAGCACAGAUAUACUUCCACUCACUGCGCCUCCUCCUCUUCUCACCGGCCCUUCUAAUGACGUACCACCUCUAAUGGACAAAGCGUGUGAAGGCUCAGGCGUCCAACUAACGCCAGAGAUAAUCAGAGCAGUGUUCUUGUCUGGGGAAGCUCUGGUCUCCAAUGUCAACCUCAGCAGAGGAACGGCAGUCAGGCACCAGAGGGAGCUUCAGAUGGAGGCGACCUACAGGUCUGACUUCAACCAGAUGGGAAAAAGAGUGAUGAAAAGGUUGAAGCAACUCGGAGUCGCCGACAGAACUUCACCAGGGAAAGACUUUGAAUAGACACGUACGCUCUGUGCACACUCAUGUGAAGAAGCACAAUCGCAGGAAAACAAAUAACAUUCCCGUCCUACUCACCUAUACAACACUCCACAUUGUUUGCCCUGCCACUUCUGUAAAAUAAAACCUGGUUACUUUCUCGCCCACGUAUAAGCCUCCCUCCCACCUACUCAAAAUUACCAGUAAGCUCUCCUCCUUUGCUCUUACAAAGCCUGGGAAUUCGUUAUCCCUCCGCCCACACAGAUCCAUAUAUAAGCACAGCUACAGUAUAUUCUAACAAGCUCCAUCCCGUUACUGCAUUCAGUUAAAAAUGAUCAUUGUGCAUUUCUAUGCUGUAGUUUAUGUCGUUAUAUUGUCUGUAUGAUGUCAGUGGGCAACACAACACCAUUAAACUGCAUCAU